AUGUACGCAUUGUCAGUUCUAUUCAAAACGAGACCUCGUCUCAGUGGCGCGGUACUUAUAGUGAUACUUUAUAAAAGUAUCCGCUUCGUGAUAGAAUGGACUACUCCCUGUCACUACUCAAAUUGGGGAGACGCGUUACCAUCGGCUGAGGACCCGACAUUCACUCCUAAAGACAAAUCAAUCUUCUUUCACGAAACUUCGUGCAGAGGAGGAAUCAGUAUUCGUGAGGCUUGUUCUAUUGAGACAGCCGCUAGAGCACAUCCACAAAGCCAGGUCUAUGUCCUAUUCAGCUCACCUGUCACCAACCACGCUCUCAAAACCACCUGCCUCAAAUAUCUCCAAGAGUUCCCAAAUAUACACCUUCUGCGGAUACACGUAGCUGAGUUCUCAAAAGGAAGUAUUGUGCAAUCGAUAUUACUUAAUGAUGUAAAAUACAGCAGCUAUCCAGUGGAACAUACUGCCGAUAUAUUGAGGAUUUUAACCCUUCACAAAUGGGGCGGAGUCUACCUAGAUACAGAUAUUAUAGUCACCAGGUCACUAGAACAUCUCCCUCUAAAUUUCAUAGCAGAGGAAAACUAUGGUGAUAUCGCUUCAGGCGUUAUGGCAUUUGGAACCGAUGAUGUCGGUAGAAACGUUACGGGUGAGGUUUUAAAAGAGAUCAGUGAAAAAUACAAACCGACCAGUUGGUCAUUCAAUGGCGCAGAGACAAUAAAGGAAGUGCUCAAGAGAUUAUGUCCAAAAUUGAAAAAGGAAAAAGAAAAACCAAUAAAAGAUUGUAAAGGUAUCACGAUCUUUGGUUUCGAGCUUUUCUACCCUCAGUAUUACACGGACAUCGAUGAGAUAUUUGAGGCACCUACAGAAAAAUUUGACUUGCUUCGUCCAUACACAUAUCACAUGUGGAACUCCUUGAGUCAAAACAAGACCAUACAUCGGAAUACUGUGUACCAGAUCCUGGCUAAAACCUUCUGCCCAACCAUUUACGAGGCAUACCGCUACGAAUUUCAUGCAGAUAGUAGUGAAAGUCCAGCUAAAAAUAAAAAAAAAUUUUACAAAAUAAAAAAACCGCCUUCAAAAAAAGUCAAGCAAUAA